CCUCUUGGACCACCUAACCGUGCACUGCUCCACGGUUCAGAUAUGCUUCAUGUGUUUUACAUUUGUUGGCAUCAUUUCAUAAUCUAGUUUACUCCGUUCUACUCAAAUUCAGGUAGUACAAGAACAUACCUAUCAAUUUUCUGAUAUUUCCAACUACAAUCAUUCUAAAAGUGGGAAAGUGUAAAGAUAAUUCAUUUUUAACUAAAUUACUAAAUAAAAAGUAUUCUAUUAUGAAGUCAUCAUAAUCCUGCUGCUCACUAGUGUAAUGAUGACAUUUCUCUUCAUCACUACUAAACUAAAACAUGUCCCCUUUGAAUCUCAGUGAUUCAUCAUCUUCUGUCUUUGGUAUAAUGAUUUCUAAUCAUAAUUAUUGGUUCCAAAGAAAAAUAUCCACCAAAGUGGUCCAAGAAUGUUUCCGGAAAUAUGUUGGCGAGAGCAAAUUGUUGUUUAGAAGGAAUUGCCAAUGGAGAGGCGUUCCCGUUCCGUCGAGCGCAGGCACCGAACAUGGUCGUACAAGUGCAAGGAGUUCUUCCGCCAAUUCAUUGCGUUUAUGUUCAGCAACAUCGGCAUCAUCGGACUGGUUGUCGGCUACACUAUUGCAGGGUCUUUCAUGUUCAUAGCGCUGGAAAAAGAUGCCUACAAGAGUCGCUUGGAGGAAGUUAGAAAAAUUAGGAACAAGACUGCAGAUACACUUUGGUCAGUGACUUGCUGUGAUGUCUUUGAGGAACCAAUGUGGAAGAACAUUGUACACACCGAGUUGUUGAACUUCCAGAACGGAAUAGUUGAUGAGGUCCUGAACCACGGAUACGAAGGGGAAAAAGCUUCAACGAAUCGGUGGUCAUUCUCUGGAUCAUUCCUUUAUUCUCUCAGUGUCAUCACAACAAUAGGUUACGGAAACGUAGCACCUCGCACAGAGUGGGGAAAACUUGCAACAAUUGUUUACGCUAUUGCUGGCAUGCCCUUGUUCCUCCUGUACCUUUCCAAUAUUGGUGACAUUCUGGCAAAGAGCUUCAAAUGGAUUUACGCAAAAUGCCACGGUUUUCAAGGAUGCUCAAAGUGUCUAGCAAAAUAUCCAGAAAACUACCCAUAUCCCAACGGUGAGCAGGAGCAAGAGGGAAGCCAAGAAGACGAGGGAGAUAUAGAGACAGAAUACAGUGACGAAGAUGAGUGGAGUUCAGAUCCUGGUAACGACCCACAAACCAUCACUGUUCCCAUUACUCUAUGCCUUGCUAUCAUGGUUGGGUACGUUUGCAGUGGGGCAUUGCUCUUUUCAAAAUGGGAAAAUUGGGUAUUCCUGGAUGCAUCCUACUUCUGUUUCAUUUCCCUAAGUACUAUAGGUUUUGGUGACAUUGUACCGAAAGACAAAGAGGGGAGUUCGUUUAAAGGAGUUGAGCUCAGCUUCAUUUUCUGCUCAAUGUAUUUAAUGCUAGGUAUGGCAUUGAUAGCUAUGUGCUUCAAUCUUAUGCAAGAAGAAGUGGUCCAUAAAGUUCGGACAUGUGGGUUGGUGUUGAAGAGAAUUAUUCUUUGUCGGAGAUGACCGCUGAUUUAUCCAAUAAUCAGACGACUGUUAACAUAUACACACAGCAACGGAUCUAUAUAUUUCAUGUAAGGGGUUUCAUUAAGUUUUGGUAUUUGUACAUUUUGUUACUAUAAUUUAUUCCUGAGCAGUGUAUAAUGUCCAUGAUAAACAAACAAAAUAUGAAUUGCCACUGAAGUACGAGGACUUUGAUUUUAAAUGCACACAGUUAGUUUUUGGAUGAAGCCCUCUUUUACAUUCCAACGUUAAAUAUAAUACUUUAAUGGCUCAAACAUUUUUUUGCCAAAAAUCAUUCAAAAAUUGUAUGGUUAUAUUAUAACAAAGGUGAACAUUGUUGAUAAAUAUAUAAGUGUUUCUCUGGAGAUAUUCCAACUAUAAAUGGUAAUGCUUCCUUUCAAAAUUCCAAUAUUAUUAUUGCCCAUUAUUCUUUUACGAAAUAGUACUUCUAUUUUUACUUGAUUUUUUGUUAUUUGUUUGGAAUUAAUUGUUUACAAUGUAUGGCUUGAAAGCAAAUGUGUUACAUACGUUUUAUUAAUGUAUGUAACAGACUUGCAGUUAAGCUUUUUAAUGAUGGCAAAUGUCUAAAAUAUUUUUGUUACCCAUUUAAUCUUUUGUAACAUAGAACAGGUGUUUUAAACAUGUAACGAACAACAUUUUGAAUCAAAAAUCCCUAGUUACUUUACUUUGUUCAACUUAAACUAAAGUAUCAAAGUUCUCCAGUAAAUUAAAGCUAUUACAGUUUAUUUUAAAUAUUUAAAAAAUAGUAAAGUUCAAUAAGACACAAAAAGACUGAACCAUUUUUCAGCUAUUAUAGUUCUCUACAACUAAUAUUAUUGUAUCAUUCUUUUGUACCAAAAGAAUAUGGAAGAAGUAGAUAUAUAGUUAUUGACACUUCGUGUAUGCACUGAUCACAGACCAAAGAAUAAACAGACUAACCAUUGUCAUGUAGAGCUAUUAUAGAGGACAAAGCGAAACAUAACCUCCUCUUUAGUGAUGCACUGCACUAGUCCUCAACUGGUGUUUGGUUUAAUUUCACCACAUUUUACAGACUUCGUAAAACGCAGUUAAAGUUGAGAUUACAUUGUUAUCAAACUAGCGGUUUACAAAAAACUUAAUCAAUACUUAUAUAUUAAAUUAAACUAAACAUAUACAUUUAUAUGCUUAUUUGAUAGCAAUUGUCUUGAUGAACAACUCAAAGAAUUAACUUAACAUAUCUUUAAUGUGGAAAUAAUAUUUCUAUGUUUAACUGUUAACAAUAUUGUAACCUGUAAAAGAUUUUGAAUAAUUAAUAUAUGAUCGUUAAAUGUACCAAUUUAACAUACUUUCUAUUCAAUAAAAGCGAUAUGUCCAAUAAAGAUGAAUUACAACAUACUCAGUUUAGAUUUAACUAACCGUUAUGUAAUAAUUAACAGGUAGCCUACAAACAUGUAACAUGUAACAGUAGAGAGAGUAGUAAUAAAGUUGAGUUCACUCUAACUAUGAAGUAA